AUGGCUAACGAGGGAGGAGCAAGCCCCCAAGCUUUCGAUGUCAAACUUAUUACAGAUGCAAUAAAAAAUGAAGUGGGACGCAUGAUGGACCAAAAGCUCGAAUUGAUACACCAACGCAUUGAUAGUUUGGAAUUGUCCCAAGGAGGUUCCAAAAGCAGCCGUGGAAGGAUACUUGCGCAUGAAUCUAAUGGCUCUAACUCAGACAACGACUAUGAACCUAACCAAAGGAGGUCCAAGCGGGAAACUAGACCUACAAGUGACCACAUUCCAGGCAUAAAAGUGAAAAUUCCCCCCUUCCAAGGGCGAUCGGACCCUGAUACAUACUUGGAGUGGGAGAAACGGAUUGAACUUGCCUUUGAUUGCAAUAACUACUCGGAGGAGCAAAAGGUCAAGUUGGCCGUGGUCGAAUUAACCGACUACGCCGUUGUGUGGUGGGAUCAACUCUCCACUAGUCGAAGAAGGAGUGGUGAACCCACCGUACAAACUUGGACCGAAUUGAGGCGAUUAAUGAGAAAGCGAUUCGUACCAAGUCAUUACUACCGUGACUUGUACCAAAAGCUUCAAACCCUCAACCAAGGAAUUCGAAGUGUCAAGGACUACCAUAAGGAGAUGGAGGUACUUAUGUUGCGAGCAGACAUCACGGAGGAUCGAGAGGCGACAAUGGCGCGCUUCUUGAAUGGAUUAAGGACCGAAAUCGCCGAGCAAGUAGAAUUACACCAUUAUGUGGAACUUGGUGACUUGGUGGAGAAGGCUAUCAAGAUUGAAAGGAGGAUUAAGAGGAGGGGUCCAACUCGGAGUUACUUCAACUAUUCACCCUCUUACUCCCGAACUACACCACCAACAAGGGAGGAUAAAGGGUCAAGUAGUUCCACCCCCUCUAGACCAAGACUCGAAGUGCCUAAGUGGGAGUCUAAGGCAACACCAAGGACUGCCAUUGAGUCGAGCAUGAGACGAAAUCGAGAUACCAAAUGCUUCAAGUGCCAAGGCCGAGGGCACAAUGCUAGUCAAUACCCCAACCAACGAACCAUGAUCAUCUUGCCAAAUGGGGAGUUUCUCACUGAUGAUGAGGAUGAAAAAGAAGGGUUGCCGUCACUUGAGGGAGAAGAGGAAGAAGAGGAAGCAUUGCCCGUCAAUGAACGAGUUGGACUCGUUGUUAGACGAGCCUUAGCAACCCAAGUCAAAGCCGCCGACCAUGCCCAAAUGGAGAACAUCUUCUACACCCGUUGCUAUAUCAAGGGAAAGGUAUGUAGCUUAAUCAUCGAUGGGGGUAGUUGUGCUAAUGUUGCUAGUGCCUUGAUGGUGGAGAAACUGGCACUACCCACUCUACGACAUCCGACACCUUAUCGUUUGCAAUGGUUGAACGAUAGUGGGGAUGUUCGUGUCACCAAGCAAGUCCAAGUACCCCUUCAAAUUGGAAAAUAUGAGGACGUGGUGUUAUGCGACGUGGUCCCUAUGCAAGCAUGUCAUAUUAUUAGGGAGGCCGUGGCAAUUUGA